GGAUCGGAGUCGUUUCUGGAAAAAGCGGCGCGGCCCCGAAACCACAACAACGACCAUCAGUAACGGUGGUGGCACGACCGACAAUGGAAACCACGGCUAGUCCAGCAAAAGAUAAUUGCAGAAUGAAUCGUUAUAAGAAUAAAGCGUUAAAUCCUGAGGAAUUGCGUAGGAGAAGGGAGGAAGAAGGGAUUCAGCUAAGGAAACAAAAACGAGAGCAACAGCUAUUUAAAAGGAGAAAUGUGGAGCUUAUAAAUGAAGAAUCAGCCUUAUUUGAAAGCCCUCUCAUGGAUUCAUAUGUCAGUUCAACUGCAGCAGGGGAGGGUGUGAUCACAAGGGAAAUGGUACAGAUGCUUUUCUCUGAUGAUACUGAGCAGCAGCUAGCUACCACUCAAAAAUUUCGAAAAUUGCUUUCCAAAGAGCCAAAUCCUCCUAUAGAUGAAGUAAUCAACACAUCUGGUGUUGUAGAAAGAUUUGUGGAAUUCUUGAAAAGAAAUGAGAAUUGUACACUACAGUUUGAAGCAGCAUGGGCUUUGACAAACAUAGCUUCAGGUACAUCUCUCCAAACCAAAGUUGUAAUAGAAGCUGGUGCUGUACCAAUUUUCAUUGAGCUGUUAAACUCUGAAUUUGAGGAUGUACAAGAACAGGCUGUAUGGGCUUUGGGAAACAUUGCAGGUGAUAGUGCAGUAUGCAGGGACUUUGUCCUCCACUGUGCGAUUCUUCCACCAUUGUUACAGUUAUUAACAAAGCCUAAUAGGCUCACAAUGACAAGAAAUGCUGUUUGGGCACUGUCCAACUUAUGUAGAGGCAAAAAUCCACCUCCUGAUUUUGAGAAGGUAUCUCCCUGUCUACCUGUGUUGUCCAGGCUACUGUUCAGCAGUGAUCCUGACUUGCUUGCUGAUGCUUGCUGGGCAUUAUCUUACCUGUCCGAUGGACCCAAUGAAAAAAUUCAGGCUGUUAUUGACUCUGGGGUUUGUAGGCGAUUAGUGGAACUCUUAAUGCAUAAUGAUUAUAAAGUUGCAUCACCAGCAUUAAGAGCUGUGGGUAACAUAGUAACAGGUGAUGAUGUCCAGACGCAGGUCAUUUUAAAUUGUUCAGCCUUGCCAUGUCUUCUACAUUUAUUAAGUAGUCCUAAAGAAUCCAUAAGGAAGGAAGCCUGUUGGACUAUUUCAAACAUUACAGCUGGAAAUAGAGCACAGAUUCAGGCUGUAAUAGAUGCAAACAUCUUUCCAGUGCUGAUUGACCUUCUUCAGAAAGCAGAAUUUCGGACAAGAAAAGAGGCAGCAUGGGGUAUCACAAAUGCAACUUCUGGAGGAACGCCAGAACAAAUUAAGUAUCUAGUAAACCUGGGUUGUAUUAAGCCAUUGUGUGAUCUACUGACUGUGAUGGACUCAAAAAUAGUUCAAGUUGCCCUCAGUGGGCUGGAAAACAUCUUGAGACUUGGAGAGCAGGAGGCUAAACAGAAUGGAAGUGGAAUUAAUCCAUACUGUAGUCUUAUUGAAGAAGCUUAUGGUCUCGAUAAAAUUGAAUUUUUGCAAAGCCAUGAGAAUCAAGAAAUCUAUCAGAAGGCCUUUGAUCUCAUUGAGCAUUACUUUGGGGUGGAGGAAGAGGACAGUAAUAUUGCUCCACAAGUUGAUGAAACUGCCCAGCAAUUCCUCUUUCAGCAACAGGAAGCCCCAAUGGAGGGUUUCCAAUUGUAAAGUCUGCAAGAAUUAACAAACAACUACAUGCCCAACCCCACUGCCCCAUCCCAAACACACCUCCAGUUGAAAAAGAGUAACAGGAAACUUUACUGUUUUCAAACAUUUUCCCCCGAAAGGAAAAAAUAGUUUUGGUACAAGAAGGUUUGCUCUCUAUUUAAGUUUGAGUGGUAGAGUUGUGGACUAACUGUUGCACUUUCCCUUUAUGUUUGUUUGAUAUUACACCGGAACUCAAUAUUUUUCAAUUUGUGUGCUGUGGUGCACCUGUAAAAGGCAGUUCUCCCAGAAAUAAAGCUAGAGAAAAUUCCGUAUACGUUAAAUUUAAUUCUGAUAGAUUGAAAUAUCCAUGAAAUGCUUGCAAAUUGUUUUUUCCACAGAAGUGACAAAUUUUGCAGUGGGAAGUUUGAGUUAGCAGUCAAUUGAUGUAACUAAAUCCAGAAAAAGAUUGCUUGUGUAGAUAAUUGAGACAGCCCUCAGGGCAUAUCGCCAUUUAUGAAUGACUGCUAUUUUAUUCAGCAAUUUGAACAAUUAAUGGUCAAAUGUAUAAAUAUUGGAAACAAUUGUCUUUUGGGUGGAUUUGAAUCUGGAUUUAUUGAGUUAUGGGGUGGGUGGAGUGAGAAUGCUUAAAAUAUUUCAGUGAAUAUAUAGAAAAAUCUAUCUUUUCAGAGAUUUAGUCCUAAAAGUUUCAGCAGGUCUUAUAAUGAGCAAGCUGAGUUAUGCACUAAUUCUGAUUUCAGUAAAUUUGCAGUUCUAAUUAUUUGCUUGGUUGCAAUUAAUGUCAAUCAAGAGUAGAGCCAACGUUCUAAUUAGGAAUUUCAGAGUGUUGUAUUUUGAAAGCCAGGGAGCAUUCAGAAUUAGCACAAUCCUUAUUUGAAGAUCUUAAAUGUAUAUUUGCUACUAGUAGAACUGUUAAAUGUUGAAAAGCAGUCAAUUUUGUUUGAUUAUGGCUAAUUUAAAUAUUCAGAUUUGAUUUCUAUAUUUUCCUCUAGAAAGGAAGGGGAAAUUGUAAUUUUUGGUAAUAGUUUGGGAAACUUAGAAGACAGCUUGAUGCUAGCUGAUACAGAAUAUGGGGAGAAGUUAUAAGCUGUGUGCUGUGUUAAUGAUAAUUUAAGUGUCUGGCCUUCCCAGGUGUUUCUCACAGCAGCUAUUGAUCAUGUAUUAAUAUUAAAAAAACAGACUUGAUCUGUCUACAAAUUUGCGAAUAUUUAAUCUGUAAAUUGAAAUGCUGUACAAUGCAAAUCUGUAAACGUCAGUCAUUACUUAUUUCACGUGUUAUUUUGAAAUAUUAAAUGUAUUUGUCCCUUGCCAAGCAGCUGGAGUAAAACCAUUGAAACUAUAGUUGCUGAGCUGCCAAGUUUUAUAGCAUAAUUGGAUAGUGAUUCUCUAUCUGUAAACUUGUUCAAGUUUCAUCAGCAACUGCUUCUUGCACAUCUAAACUCCAUGUUUGUUUCCAGAAAAUCUGCUACUGAAACCAAUUCAGUUGGCUGUAAUUGUUCCCAACUUGUAAAUAGUUUAACUGGGAAAUCGAAUUUGAUUCAGAAUCUCACUAAUAUUUACAUUUACCUCCUUGCUGAAACAAUAGGAAAUUAUUUCUUUAGUGUUUGGUUAGGGUGCUGGCUGUCACUGUAAACCAAACCAGUUUGAUUUAGUUUCCAUUGUUUUGAAUCAAUUUGUAAUUGGUAAUAGAAGUACAAAACUCUAAAAUGAGAAUUGAGGCAUUUAUUGAAAUUGCAUUUGGUUGCAAAAUGACUUGGAGAAUAGAAUUACAUUGCUUCACCCUUUAGGAUGUAAAAUGCACUGAGGAUAGAGGAAACAAGCUUGCUAUAGAGAAAUAAUAAAGAAAACUGAACAAACUUGAAGCAAGUUUGCAGAUCCAAGCCAACUUUAUUAAGGAAAAGGAAACAAUUUUUGCUAUGAGCACUUUUAAAAUACUAUUGAUAACUUCGUGAUUUGGCAAGGGAACAGUUUGUCAUUACUUGCACAUAUUAUCACAUACAUACCAGCAUACUGUUCUACAUACUUAUAUGUCUACAAUUUUCAAGGAAAUGACUUCCAUAAUGAAUUCUGGUAUACAGAACUUUAUAAAAGGUUGGGUUAUACUCUAUGAGCAAAGAGACUGCAUUAAUUAGACAAACUGUGAAUAUUAAUUAUUGAAUCCUAUUAAACAUUGAAAAAGAAGCUAUUUUUCUCCACUUCUGCAAUUAGCCCUGCUUUGGGAUUGACAGAAAGAUCAUAGGACAGACAUUAUAGAUCUGUGAAGUAGAACCACUGUGAACUGAAUAAGACCAUUCAGUGAUUAUUAUUCUCCUCACUCUGAACUCGGGAUCUUUAUAACCUAACUUUGCUAUUAGUUUUGUUGCAAUUAAUAUCUUUGUUAUAAAAGUGAAUGCACUGAAUUAUUCUUGCCAAUUAAUUAAAAUGAGAUCAACCGAUUAUUUACAAUAAUUUAAUGUACAGAGAUUAGGGAGCUUCUUGUUUCAAGUGCAUAAAUUCAAUUUUGAGAGAGUUGGGCACUGGUAUUUGGUUUGGGUGGUGGAAUUUAUAGAAUGAACUGUAUAUAGUAAUUACUUUAUUUGGGGGGAAAGGUGGAGAGUUAAGUAACUUAAAAGAUUAGAGCAAUGGAUACUGCAGUGGAAAAAAUAUGUAUUAUUCACAUAACACCCCAAAAGGAUCUUAUUGAGAUAGUCCUAACUUUAUAAUCUAGCCAGCUCCAGUUCAGCUUAGUUUUACUUUUGUGUGUCUCUGACAGACCAGUGUGAUGCUGACUGACUGAAGAUGUGUGAUGUGAUGCAGAGCUUGAAUUAUACACUUGCCAUUGCUUGAAGGAAGACUAAGUUCUGUCUUUCUGCUGUAUACUUAGUCCAAAAGUAGGAAUGACCUCCAAACCAGAUUUUCUAAAGCUAUAUUCACUUACUCUAACAUUUUUGUAAUAUAAUUACUACUAGAAAUGAGCAAAUUUUUGG